CAUUUAACAAGGGCCGCAAGGAAGCUUAGCCCUAGAACAGAGCUUUCUUCCUUGCCCUAAGCAGGAGGGCGCGAUGGCGAGCUGGACGGCGGGCUGGACUGCGAGCGCGGUCCGGAGCCAGUUCAUCCGAUUCUUCGAGUCCAAGGCUCAUGCGCUUGUGGAAUCCAGUCCUGUGGUGCCGCUGGAUGAUCCGACGCUGCUCUUCACGAAUGCCGGGAUGAACCAGUUCAAGGCGAUUUUCCUCGGGAUUGUGGAUCCCAGGAGCAAGCUCGGGCAGCUCAGGCGUGCAUGUAAUUCACAAAAGUGUAUACGCGCUGGAGGGAAGCACAACGAUUUGGAUGAUGUUGGCAAGGAUACAUACCACCACACUUUCUUUGAAAUGCUUGGGAACUGGUCUUUCGGGGAUUACUUCAAGAAAGAAGCCAUCCUUUGGGCAUGGGAGCUGCUCACAGAGGUAUACAAAAUCGAUCAAGAGCGCCUGUACGCAACGUACUUUGGUGGAGAUGAAAAGCUCGGAAUUCCACCAGACAACGAAGCAAAAGAGAUUUGGCUCAAGGUUUUACCCGAGAGUCGUGUUCUUCCCUUCGGUUGCAAGGAUAACUUUUGGGAAAUGGGAGACACGGGGCCGUGUGGACCUUGUACUGAAAUACAUUAUGAUAGGCUUGGAAACCGCGAUGCAUCUGGGCUGGUCAACAACGAUGACCCCACAUGCAUAGAGAUUUGGAAUCUCGUGUUCAUUCAGUUCAACAGGGAAUCUGAUGGCGCACUGAAACCUUUGCCGGCAAAGCAUGUCGAUACUGGGUUGGGAUUCGAGCGAUUAACUUCUGUGUUGCAAAAUAAGAUGAGCAACUAUGAUACGGACGUGUUCGUGCCGAUAUUUGAAGAAAUCCGGGCGGUAACUGGCGCACGUCCUUAUUCAGGAAAACUAGGAAAAGACGAUUUGGAUAACGUUGAUACAGCAUACAGAGUCGUUGCUGAUCACAUUCGAACUCUGUCUUUUGCCAUCGCUGACGGUGCUCGCCCAGGCAAUGAAGGGCGUGAGUAUGUGCUCCGGCGGAUAUUGAGAAGGGCUGUGAGAUAUGGUCGAGACGUCUUGAAGGCGAAAGAAGGCUUUUUUAGCGGGUUGGUGGAUGUCGUCGUGAGGCUGAUGGGUGACGUUUUCCCCGAGUUGCGCAAAGCGGAGAAGAAAAUUAAGGAAAUCAUUGCCGAAGAAGAAACUAGUUUUGGCAGAACUCUUGCAAAGGGCCUGGAAAAAUUCAACAGAUUAACCUCCGAUUUAAAGUCUGAUCAGUUGAGUGGAGAGGAUGCAUUCCUGCUUUGGGAUACAUACGGAUUUCCAAUUGAUCUUACUCAAUUAAUGGCAGAAGAAAAACAUAUUCGGGUUGACAUUGAAGGUUUCAACCGAGUAAUGGAGGAAGCAAAAGAGAAGGCGCGAGCUGCACGCGGAAAAACUGGCGGAGGACUUCUAGUCUUGGAGGCAGACGAAACUUCUUACUUGCAAACUCAACAAAUUGUGCCAACUGACGAUAAGAGGAAGUACAUUUGGAAUGAAGAUCACGAGGCUACAGUGCUUGCAAUCUUUACGAGUAAAGGCUUUGUUCAACGCUUCCCAUCAAAUGGCAGUCAGGACGGAGAAACCUUGGGCUUGAUACUAGAUUCGACGAGCUUCUAUGCUGAACAAGGAGGACAGAUUUUUGACACUGGAGUGAUAACAUCAGAAACGUCUUCAUUCGAAAUUGAGAACGUUCAGAGUUUUGGAGGAUAUAUUGUGCAUUUCACUACAAGCUCUGGUCGGAUUUCUCUUAACGACAGGGUGGUCUUGAAGGUUGAUUAUGCCAGACGCGCUCUUGUUGCUCCAAACCACACGUGUACGCACCUACUAAAUUACGCACUCAAGACGGUGCUUGGAGAUCACAUCGAUCAGAAAGGCUCUUUGGUUGCACCAGAGAAACUCAGAUUUGAUUUUUCACAUGGAAAACCGAUUGAACCGAAACAUCUUCAGCAGAUUGAAUCAAUCGUGGAGAAGCAGAUUAAAGAUGCAUUGCCAGUAUACACGAAAGAAGCAAGUCUUGCUCAGGCUAAACGAAUUAUUGGCCUUCGUGCAGUCUUUGGCGAGGUGUAUCCUGACCCCGUAAGAGUUGUUACUGUGGGAAAACCUGUGGAGGACCUUUUGUCCGAUCCCGAGAAUCCAGAAUGGGCUGGUCUUUCCACAGAAUUUUGCGGAGGGACCCACAUCAGUAACACGAAGGAAGCUCAAGAUUUUGCGCUGGUUUCCGAAGAGGGGAUCUCCAAAGGAGUUCGUAGAGUAAUUGCUCUCACUGGCGACCUCGCGAAAGAAGCCAUCUCGCGAGCGGAUUCUUUCCAAUUCAAGGUGGCCGAUGUUUCAAAGCUAAAAGGACCCACACUUGAGAAGGAAGUUGCGGCUUUGAAGAGCUCUCUGGACGCAGCCGAAUUACCUGCAGCUCGAAAAACUGCAUUGAGGCUCCAACUUAACAAGCUCCAGGAACGCAUCCGGAAAGACCAAAAAGCGAUUGCAGACGCGAACUUAAAACUUGCGAUCAAGGCAGCCGUGGACACAGCAGAUGCUCUUGCUUCCAAGGGCGAGAAGUGCUGCAUUUCUAGAAUCGACGUUGGUCUGGAUGCCAAUGCGAUUCGUGAGGCCGUGACCUCGGUCACUAACAAGCACAAGGAUCUCGCAGCGAUGUUCUUCAGCGUGGAUGAAGCAGCCAACAAAGUUCUCGUCUACGCGGGAGUUCCAGCCGCGGUAACUGGAAUCUCGGUGCUGGAGUGGCUGGAAAAAGUUCUCGCUCCGCUCAAAGGCAAGGGCGGUGGUGGAAAGAACGGCCUCGCUCAAGGACAAGGAAGUAACAUCGAAGGCUUGUCUGACGCGAUGACCACCGCGGAAACUUUCUUCCAGGAAAAAUUAAAGCAAGCAUCUUAGCUUGGGCGCCUUAUUUUGACCGGGUCUGUAUUUCCCGGGAGUCGAACCAGAUACCUCCUAUAGUCUUGGAAUUCUUUGUAUUCCCAGGAAUCGAUCCUAAAACCUAUCCAUUCUUGGUCAA